ACUGACUGUAGCUCCCGCUCUCGCCUUUCUAACACAACUCGAUGCCACCUGAGAUCCACAACAGCUAUGCGGCAGAUCGAUGCACUGGUGCUUCUGAGCACUGUUGUUGCUCAUACUAGCUGUGUAACUGCUGGCAGUUUGCCUCGAGGAGUCGGCCCAGAAUUUGCCAAAUUCUACGAAGGAAAAUCAACCUUUACCUGCAUUGGCCACCCUUCGAUUGUUCUCAAGAGCUCGCAGAUCAACGACAAUGCGUGCGAUUGUCCCGAUGGCUCUGACGAACCCGGCACGGCAGCUUGCUCCUAUCUCGAUCCCCUCUCCCCCGAGCAGCCGCUCCCCUCCUCGCUGACCGGGACCACCAACACGACCAACGUGCUGCCGGGCUUCUGGUGUGCCAAUGAGGGCCACAUUGGCACCUACGUGCCGUUCGUCUACGUCAACGACGGUGUUUGCGACUACGACCUCUGCUGCGAUGGGAGCGAGGAGUUCGCCCACGUCGGCGGCGUCAAGUGCAAGAACCGAUGCGGGCCGAUUGGGAAGGAAUGGCGGCGCGUCGACCAGGAGCGCAAGCAGGCCAGAGAGCGUGCCACGAAGGUUCGACAGGCCCUGGUGACCGAGUCGCGGGAACUGCGGGGGAAGGUGGUGGGCCGAAUCAGUUACCUCACCCAAGAGAUCAAGACCCUUACGGUUAAACGGGACGAGCUGAAGGCCAAGCUGGAUGAGAUCGAGCAGGAGGAACGCGGCAAGGUCGUCCAGGGCGAGGGCCCGGGAGGCAAGCUAGGCGUCCUCCUUGGCCUUAGCAAGAAACGUGUGCAGGAGCUUCGCGAUACCCUCGACGAAGUCUUGGACCAGCGUGAUGAUCUGCAGGACAAGGUUGAGGACCUGGAGAACAUCCUCAGGAAGUUUAAGGAGGAAUACAACCCCAACUUCAACGACGAGGGUGUCAAGGCUGCUGUCAAGUCCUGGGAAGACUAUGCCGCCAAGGCUGCCAACGAGAAGAAGCCGUCGCUUUUGGAGAGCGAUAUUCUCGAGGUGCUGAAGGAGGAUGGCGAGAAUAACGGCAUCAACUGGAAUGAAUUUAUGGAAGAAGCGGGCAGUGAUGCCGAUAUCCUCUACAACUUCGAAGCCUACCUCCCCAGUUUCCUCCGCGACUACCUCCACGUCAAGCUAAAUUCCCUGCGCGUCUGGCUCAUCGAGAACGGGAUGCUGGCCGACAACCCCAAGAGCGGCAGCGAAUCGAAGCGACUCGGGGCUGCCCGCGGGAAUUUCGAAGCAGCUGACAACGAAGUUGCGGGCAAGCAGUCCAAGUUGAUCGACGAGCAGCGUGACCUCGAGAAGGACUAUGGACCGGACGAAAUCUUCCGCGCCCUCCAGGGCAAGUGCGUCAGCAUCGACAGCGGAGAGUACGAGUAUGAGCUCUGCUGGCUGGACAAGACGCGCCAGAAGAGCAAGAAGGGCCACGGGGACACCAUCAUGGGCAACUUCAUCGCCAUCGACACGGAGAUGGCCGACGAGGAGGACCGCGUCGACGGGAAGGGGUUGGGCCAGGGCCCCAGGAUGGUUCUCCGGUACGACAACGGCCAGGGCUGCUGGAACGGCCCCAACAGGCGGACCGACGUGUGGCUGGCGUGUGCCGAGAAGGAGGAGAUCUGGCGCGUCAGCGAGUCGGAGAAAUGCGUGUACAAGAUGGAGGUUGGCACUCCAGCCGCCUGUGAGGACGUACAGGAGCCGGCUGCAAGGGCGAAGGAUGAGUUGUGAGGGCAGAGGGUUUGGAGUAGCUACUCGCUGACAGCGGUGGAGUUUCCUCGAGUGAGCCGAACGAGAGUGUACAUAUAGAAAAUAAAACCUGUCAAAACUGGCCUGGGUAUAUUCUUUUGCUGCACAUAUGGUAAAACGGGGUAUCUCUUUUGGAAAAUAAGUCUAACCUCUCUAUCGUACAUAAUGGAAUCCAUGGUAACCUG